UGGUAGUGGCCCUGGUCUGUGGCUCCCGUCCUAUUUGCUCUGAACCUCGCAGCCAUGGAGGGACCCCAGGAGCUUCUGAGGGGGAAGCUCCGGCUCUGCUUCACCCCCGCUGCCCGGACCAGCCUCCUGCUGCUCAGGCUCAACGACGCGGCGCUGCGGGCGCUGCAAGAGUGUCAGCGGCAACAGGUUCGGCCAGUGAUUGCUUUCCAAGGCAACCGAGGGUAUUUGAGGCUCCCAGGUCCUGGCUGGUCCUGCCUCUUUUCCUUCAUAGUGUCUCCGUGUGGCCAGGAGGGCCCUGGUGGUGGCUUGGACCUUGUGUGCCAACAUUUAGGCAGAUCUGGGCCUAACCGCCUCCACUGCCUGGGUCCACUCAGGGAGCGCCUCACUAUUUGGGCAGCCAUGGAUUCUAUCCCAGCCCCAUCUUCAGUUCAGGGUCACAACCUGACUGAAGAUGUCAGAGAUCAUGAGAGCUGGCAGAACAUGGGAGACUAUUCUGCAGGAGACACAAUUUCACAGCCACAGAUGGCACUAGAAGAGGUGCCAGAUCCACUGGCAAGCAGCCAAGAACAGUCACUCCCAGGAUCCUUGAGGGAACACAUGGCGCAGUGGGAAGUGAGAUAUCCUAGGAACCAGAGCCAUCUUCCAAACAGAGAGCCUGAUCAGGUACUGCCUUCUUCUGCUCGCCAGAAACACGUGGACAAGAAACGUCCAGCACCUGCAGCUACUGUAAAACUAAAAGAAAAGAGGCUCAGAUCUCUGUCUCUAGCUCCAAGUCCCCUACAAGGGCUGCCUAGUCAGGAGCUACAGGAGGGAGAAGAUUGGGAGCAAGAAGAUAAAGAUGAAGACAUUAGCCCCAGGCUGGUGCACAGUCCCUCAGUUCAAGCAGACUCUGAAUCCCCAAGCCCUGAAGAGGUACCAGAUUACCUCCUGCAAUACAGGGCCAUCCACAGCGCAGAACAGCACCAUGCUUACAAGCAGGACUUUGAGACAGAUUAUGCUGAAUACCGCACCCUGCAUGCCCGUGUUGGGGCUGCAAGCCAAAGGUUCAGAGAGCUGGGAGCAGAGAUGAAGAGCGCUCAGCGAGGAACUCCAGAACACAAGAUGCUGGAAGAAAAGAUAGUCCAGGAAUAUAAAAAGUUCAGGAAGCGGUACCCAGGUUACAGGGAAGAAAAGCGCCGCUGUGAGUACCUGCAUCAGAAAUUGUCCCACAUUAAAGGUCUCAUCCUGGAGUUUGAGGAAAAGAACAGGGGCAGCUGAAGAUGACAGAGGGCUCUUUACCCUCUGCCCAGUAUGCUAUGAAGGAACAAAGCAGCUAUUAACUAGAAUACAACUGUCUGCUCUUCUUAUUGCUGAGUCCAUGGUGGGAAGUAGGAGAGCUGCUCUAGGUUCUUAAGGUUUGGUUUUCAUAUUGCCGUAUUUAAAUUUUUAGGGCAUGGGCACAGUGCCAAGACUCCACAGCUGUGCCCAGGAGACUAGGAAAAGUAGCAGAGACUUGGCUUCUCCACCUUUAGUUCAGCCAAGUUAUUUUUAAAUCCUGAGAAAUGAUACCAUUUCCAGGACAAGAUACCUUGAGAACAUCAGAAUUUACUUGGUAGCGUCCCUUAAGAAACAAUGAAAACUUUUGGUAACAGAACUAAAGGAACUUGUAAUACAACUGGAUAUAAUGGGAAAGGGCUUGGGUGUUACCCAUGUACUGAAAGUGAAUUCUUUUACAAACAUGGCUAAAAAAUUAAAACUGAUUGCUUCUGUGUCAAGUUUGUUUUCCUUGAAUCCUCUUACCCAUGGCUGUGUAUAUGAACCAGUUCUGGGGCUCCCUAAAAAAUCAGAUCCCCAGAUCCCAGCCCAGGUCUUAUGAAUUAGAAUCUCCAAGAUUAUGGUUAGGCAUCUUUACUUUUUCAAAGCACUAUGGAUGACCCUGAUAUAUAUUUUGCUAUGAGGCUCUAUCAAAUCUUGUAAUUCAGUGGUCCCCAACC